AUGGCUAUUCCCAACAGAGGCCCCGAGCUGCUCGCAGUCAACAUCGCCUUCGUUACCACCGCAGUCCUGGCUUGUGCAUUGAGGAUAUAUGUUCGCCUCUGUAUGGUCAAGGCAUUUGGCCGAGAUGACUAUUUGAUGGUUCUCGCAACUCUCUUCUUCAUUUCGUACACAACAUCGUCUUGCAUCGGCAUACACUAUGGAACCGGAAAACAUCAUCGUGACCUGCCCAUCGAGGGUGUUCAAAAUGCGAAGCACGCGUGGUACUUUUGCUACCUGUUCUACUCCAUCUCCAUGAUCUGUUCGAAGCUGUCCAUUGGGUUCCUUCUCCUGCGGAUUAGUAUUCGAAAACUACACACGUGGAUCAUCUACAGUGCCAUGUGCGUCUCGAUCAUUGCUGGAGGCACCUUCUUCUUCGUCUGUCUCUUCCAGUGCUACCCAAUCUCGUACAUGUGGGACCGUACUUCGCAAGAAGGAAAGUGCGUCGACAACACAGUCAUCACCGCUCUCGGCUACGUCUACAGUAUCUUCAGUAUCAUCACCGACUUCACCUUCGCCAUCAUUCCGGGAUUCUUGGUAUGGCACUUGCAGCUGAAGAGGAGGACCAAGGUUGCUUUAAUUCCGUUGAUCACCAUGGGUUGCAUCGCAAGUGCUGCGGUCAUCGCCCGCAUGCCUUUCGUCCACUACUUUAACUCGCCUGACUUCCUCUGGUCCACACUUGACAUCGCCAUCUGGUCAUCGGUCGAACAAGGUCUCGCUAUCACUGCCGGCAGCCUCGCAACGCUCCGCCCAUUAUUCUUCAUCGCCAUGCACAAGCUCGGUCUCUCUACCCGCCCAACUGGAGCCUACCGUCCGUCCGCAUACGGCAUGUCCGCCCCCUUACCCGGCAACGCCGCUGGAAACUCCAAAGCCGACAAGCUCCGUCCCGACAUGUACAAACUCUCCGCCACUGUGCAGACUCGCACUUCCGACGACGAACCUGUUUCGAAUUCGAAUAAAUGGUACGGCGGAAAGGCACCACCAAACUCGAAGAAAAGUACGCGUGUGGACAACUCCGACAACGAUAGUCAAAGGAGUCUGAGGAUCAAGAGCGCUCGGAGCAGUGCGGAAGAGGACCAUUUCCAGAACGGCAUUAUGGUCUCCAAGUCAUUUUACAUCACGGAUGAAGAGCGGGGAUCGGUUUUGUCUGCGCCUUACAGAUGA